AUGACAGAUAGUGGGAGUGCAAGAUGGAGGAGGAGAGAGAGGCAGGGGGAGGAAUCGGAGGAGGAGCCGGGGACAGUUUGUUGUGCUCUGGCUGCGAACCUGGCGGGUGUGGGCUGCGCGGCCGCCGGCGCCGCAGCCAGGGACGGCAAGGACUGCAAGGCCCGGGACAACCGCGGCGAGGCGGAGCAGUCGUCGGCUGGAGGCGGCCCGGGCCCCGACGGCGGCAGCCAGCGCUUCUCCUCGGGCCCCGGGUCCCGCAACUCACCGAAACCCUGGGCUUCUGUGAGAGUGCCCGGCACCGGGAGAAGCGUCGGAGCCACUGAGUAUCGCUCGGGGAGAGAUCAUCAUCGAGGAGCGGACAACAUUUCCACUAAAUCUUCAGACAGUGAUGUAAGUGAUGCAUCAGUUGUAUCAAGAACUAGCAGUGCAUCUCGUUUCAGCAGCACAAGUCACAUGUCUGUCCAAUCAGAACGACCAAGAGGACAUAAGAAAAUCAGGUGUUCUGUGAGGAAGAAACGUAGCCAGGAGAGGUGCUGCACCGGAGAUGUCCGAAGCCUUGGGAUGCUGGAAUACACUUUUGCCCUGAAUGCACAUAUUCUGCAAUGAUGCAUCAUCUUGAUCUUUGAUGGACUUGGUCUUUGUGUUGGUAAGUACAGAAAGCACCAUUCCAAAUGGCUUUCUCAAUAUCUUCAUUUCCAAAGACUCAAAGUUAUUCUCUUUUCAGGGUUUCCAAGUAUAUUUCUAAAACUUUGAAAAGUUUUGUUUUAGAUUGAAAAGGCACAAGUUUCAUUUUUCACAUUAAAAACCAUAACAUUGCAAAUUUCCCUGUUUGUGCAACUUUGAAGAAUAAUCAGUAAGCAGAGUAGAUUUAGACAGGAUUCAAUGCAUUUUCUAAGAAAUCUUUUGCUCAUUGAGCACAAAUCAACACUUUCAAGCUUGAACAAAAAUCAUCAAGUAAAGUAGGUUUUGACUGGAUUCAAUGUAUUUUCUAAGAAAUCUUCAUUAAACAGGCCAAACUUAAUAUAACUUCUUGCUCUUGCUUUUUUUUUUAAGUUUAGACUGGUCC